AUGAUUCGUCUUCAUGCAUUGCCCUUGUUGGCGGUUAUGGGCUCGCUUGCCCUGGCCAGCCAGGAUGCGUUCCAAUCAAAAUGUAUCAAUUUUGGUGAUCAAAUCGACAUUCCCAAUGUCAAAGUCAACUUUGCCGAGUUUGUGCAGGGAGGCACCAACCUAUCCUUGACAGACAAUCCGCCUAGCUGCGCUAGAUCGAGUCAGGUUGUCUCGGUAGACCUGUGCCGAGUGGCCAUGGCCGUGUCGACCUCGAACAGCAGCGAGAUUACGCUAGAGGCUUGGUUCCCGCGUGAAUAUAAGGGCCGUUUCUUAAGUACCGGAAAUGGUGGUAUUUCUGGGUGCAUUCAAUAUUAUGACCUUGCAUACACCGCGCAACUAGGUUUUGCCACUGUCGGAGCCAACAACGGACACAAUGGUACCUCGGGAAAGCCUUUCUACCGCCAACCUGAGGUAAUCAAAGAUUACGCAUACCGUUCUGUUCACACUGGAGUUGUAAUAGGCAAAGAGCUCACCAAGCAAUUCUACGAUGAGGGCUUCAAGAAGAGCUACUACCUCGGAUGCUCGACUGGUGGCCGCCAAGGUUGGAAGUCUGUUCAAAAAUAUCCCAACGACUUUGACGGGGUGGUUGCUGGUGCCCCUGCUAUCAACCUCAUCAACCUAUUUUCAUGGAGCGCACAUUUCUACCCCAUCACUGGCUCACCAACUUCCGACACAUUCCUGUCCACAGCUGAAUGGGAGAUUGUCCACAAAGAGAUCAUCCGCCAAUGUGAUACCAUUGAUGGCGCCGAAGAUGGAAUCAUCGAAGAUCCUGAUCUUUGCCGCCCUGUCUUGGAAACGUUGACCUGUGACCCCAGUGCCUCAAAGAAAACAAGCUGUCUUACUAGCGCCCAAGUCAACACCGCCCAGCAAGUGCUUUCCCCAUUUUAUGGAAUCAAUGGAACCCUGCUAUACCCCCGCAUGCAGCCUGGCUCUGAGAUGCUCGCCGCACCUAUAAUGUAUAGUGGCGCACCAUUCCAAUACAGCCAAGACUGGUACCGCUAUGUCGUCUACAACAACCCGUCCUGGAGCGGGGCCAACUUCACAGUGAAAGAUGCAGCUGCCGCUCUCGCCCAGAACCCGUACAACAUACAAACGUGGGACGGCGAUAUCUCUCCAUUCAAAAAGACCGGCGGCAAAAUUCUGCACUACCACGGCCUCCAAGACCAGUUGAUUAGCUCCGAGGACUCCAAGAUGUAUUAUUCCCACGUAUCAAACACCAUGAAACUACCUCCCAAUAAGUUGGAUGAGUUCUACCGCUUCUUCACAAUCAGCGGUAUGGGCCAUUGCGGCGGUGGUGAUGGUGCCUAUGGUAUUGGUCAGGGCGACAGUACUUACGAUGGAACCAAUCCCGAGGACAAUGUUCUUAUGGCAAUGGUUCAGUGGGUCGAGGAAGGCAAGGCGCCGGAGACUGUUCGUGGUGCUAAGUUCUCCAAUGGUCCUGGCUCCAAGGUCGAGUACAAGCGCAAGCACUGCCGCUGGCCUCGACGCAAUGUGUUCAAGGGUCCUGGAAACUACACCGAUGAGAACGCUUGGCAGUGUGUUUAG